AUGAGCAUUGCACAUAGUACAUGGCCAGUUAUAUUGAUCAAUUAUAACUUGCCUCCAUGGAUGAUUAUGAAGCCAGAGUUUUUGAUGUUAGCUUUACUUAUCCCUGGCCCUUCUUCCCCCGGUAAUGAUAUUGACAUUUAUUUGCAGCCACUAAUAAAGGAUCUAAAGGAAUUGUGGGAGUUUAGUUUGGAAACUUAUGAUUCUUCAAGCAAUCAAAGGUUUGACAUGCGUACAGCUUUGAUGACCACCGUUAGUGAUUUUCCGGCUUAUGCAAUGUUGUCCGGGUGGAGCACAAAAGGAUAUUUUGCAUGCCCUGAUUGUCACUAUGACACUGAUUCUGAGAGAUUGGAUUUUAGCAAAAAGAAUUGUUAUAGGGCAACUCGUAGAUUUCUUGAUCCAGCUCACCCUUGGCGUUAUAAUAAGAGGAACUUUGACGGAGUGAUUGAGGAAAGAAGCGAGCCUAUUCCUUUGAAAGGAACCGAUGUUGAGUAUAUGUUGCGUGAUUUUCCAAAUGAAUUUGGAAAGAAGCAAAAGAAAACGAGGGGCGAUGAGGAUGAUCCAGUUCCAUGGAGAAAGAUAUCCAUACUUUUUCAGUUGCCAUAUUGGAAGCAUUGUUCCAAUCGCCAUAAUCUCGACGUAAUGCAUAUUGAGAAAAAUGUGUUUGAUAAUGUUCUUGGGACAUUAUUAGACAUACCUGGGAAGACUAGAGAUCAUGAAAGUGCUCGUCGAGAUUUGGUAAAAAUGAAUAUCAUGCCGGAGCUUCAACCAAAGUUGGUAGAUGGUAGAGAAGUAUUCCCAAGAUCUCGCUUCUGGAUGUCAUUGGAACAAAAACGCAAGUUCUGCCGAGUCAUAAAAAAUGCUAAGUUACCACAAGGCUAUGCUUCUAACAUUUCUCGAUGUGUGCAAGUCGAAGAUCGGAAAAUCACAGGCUACAAGAGCCAUGAUGCUCAUUUUAUGAUGAAUUACUUGUUCCCUAUUGCCGUGAAAACAACAUUACCCAAAGACGUUGCUACACCGUUGAUAAGACUUUGUGGUUUCUUCAAAGGCAUAUGGAGUAAAACUAUUGAUCCUCAACAUCUCGACAGACUCCAUUCUGAGAUAGUUGAAGCACUUUGCAUGCUUGAGCGGAUUUUCCCACCUGCCUUUUUUGACAUAAUGGUGCAUUUACCUGUACAUUUGGUGAAGCAAAUUAAGUUGGGCGGACCUGUUAGUUCAAAUUGUAUGUAUGGAAUUGAGAGGUAUCUUCAUGAGUCAAAGUUGGAUGUUCGAAACAAGGGUCCUCCAGAAGGCUCAAUGGCAGAAGGUUACCAAGCUAAAGAAUGUAUUGCCUUCAUUGCUAGACAUUUGAAACGAUCAAACAUAUCCACACAUGAUGUCAAUGAGUGCACUGUCUCACAAUCAUUUUUACCUAAGAUAGGACGUCCUAUCAAAGGAAAGGGAAGGACCUCAAAGAAAAAGCAUUGUGGACACAUGAUUGAUCGAAUGACAUGGGCACAAGCACAUCAUUAUGUCUUAUUCAACUGCGAUUGUGAGGACGUUGAGAGAUACAUAAAUGAACACAAUAUGUGUGUAAGCAGUAAACGAAAGAGGAAAUGGAAUAGUGCACAAGACCAUAACAAGGAUUUUAUUGAUUGGUUUAGGGAAAAAGUUGAGUUGGAAGUUGAAGAAGGUCAAGAAAUUAUCUCGGACCAUCUCAUAUAG